CAACUACGUAAGCUUGUUCAGAGUAGACAGUCUUAUCUAUUGUUUUGAUGCAGUAACUCAGACCAGAAAAUGUUUUUCCCGCAAUGCUAAAUUAUUUUAUAUAAAAUAUAGAAUAUUACAAAUCUCUUCAAUAACUUGAGAGACGGGCUUCAACCGUGACAGUCAACCUAUAUGAUUCAUCCACAUACCCCUCAGUAGAGGAGCAGGCUGUGAUUCAUUCCCAACCUUCUCUGAGAACUCUACUUCCCAGGCCUGCCUCAAACCAUCCACCAGUCCCCAUGACCAGCAGCCCAAAGCGUUGGGUAAUAAAGCCCUUCUCCCCUAAGCUAGAGCAGUCGGAUUUGCGCUCCAUAUUGAGCCCUACUGGUCAACCACAGUCACUAGAGAACACAUGGAGUAGCAGUGAGGAUGGUGACUCUCUCAGGUUCAGUUUGGAAAGCGUAACAGUAACAGGCAUGCAGCCCACUGUGAAGGGGUCAUCUGGCAGUGGUAAAAGCACCCCAGACAUGAUGGUCAAGGCUCAACAAGUGUCUGUGUCUGAGGAUGGAAGUGACAGUGAGGACUGGAUUGCCAGUACCCCAAGCAACCUCGGCAGCCCUGGAACUGCCAGCAGCACAGGCUCACAUGUUGGGUUCUAUUCCUUCGUAGAUGACCCAGCAAGCCCAGAAGCAGAGAUGAAUGAAGUCUACAUGAUUUCUCCAAAAAGACAGGCCAAACUGAAUACCUUGAAGGAGAAGAGCACGUUUAAACUGCAGGCGUACACAGAGGAAAAGAGACCCGGAAGGCUAUUCGAAGAAACUAACGGAGAUGACCUUUACAGAGUGAUGGAUGCCUCCACAGUGAGUGAAGAGGAGGAAAAUCAAGAUCGAAUUGAGAUCAUCCGGAAUCAGGCACCCAAGAAUAGCCCUGCCCUUAAAGAGCAGUGGAGUGCCUUGGAAAAUCUGCACCUCAGUAACAUGCCACAAAGACUCCUAGAUGGGUUUAGUCUACGCUACAAACCAGUGAGUGAAAAGACCGAACAGGCCAGGGUUGAGCCUGGCACCAUAGACAAUGAGCAAAUUGAUUUCAAUGCAGCACGAAAGCAGUUUUUAAUGAUGGAAAGAUCAAAACAGAACCCCUUCCUACAGAGCCCUCAGCAGCUCCCUUACUCCCCUAAAUUGCGAGGACAAUCUCUAUCCUCAACAGCCAACAUCUUCACUCCAAAACAAGUAAGCAAAGAGAACAGCCUAGAGGAAAAGAAGAUCCCACUAUCAACACAACAAGAGGCAGAAGUAAAGACUGUAACUGUGACUGAGGCUCCAGAAGAUGUGAGUGGUUCCAUAGAUGAUGUUGAUUCUGGUCUUGGUGACCGAAGUGAAGGCUACACCAAUAAUUGGAGCGUUUUGAACGAACCUUCCAUUUCAGAGAUGGAAAGUAGCUUGACAAUGCUUAGAGCAGAUGAGACUCCCAUUCAAAGGGAAAUCAGAAUUUCCCAACAACGUGAAGAGAGUCUAAGGCGAUCCAGGGGUAUCUUGCGCUCAGACAAUUCAGAGAUGGUGGAGAUUAGGACAAAGCCAAUUCUGACCAUGUCGUCUUCACAGGUGAAAGCUGCAAAAGCCAAAGAAACAAACAGAGUGAGUUUCCUUAUUCAGAGAGAGCUUGAACUUGAGAAACAGAGACAUAACUCACAGCGUGUUUCAAGUCACCACAUUCGAGAGAACCAAGUACAGGACAAGAAGUCAUUUGCUUCACAACCCAAUGAAAUUCUAAUCACAUCUAUGAGGACAAGUUUAAGAGAAAGUCCCUCAAAUGAUGUAGAGCAAAUAACAGUCUCUGAAAAUGAUAUGUGGAUUACAGAGCAACCUGUACUAGUAGAUGAAGGUGACAUCUUAGAUCCAAAGGAGGUUCUUUCGCCUUGCUGUCCUCAUCGACAUCCUGAUGAAUCCAUGGUUCAAAGAAACACUGACAGCAGCACUUUUGGAAACCAAGCCCAAAUGACUGCAUAUUCUGAGGAAAACAACCAUUCUGAAGUAAGGGUAUACAAAGAAAAUGGUGUUGACAGCCAAACUAACAAACUCAUUACAGAAAAAGAGCCACCCUGGAUUGCAGAAAACGACAACAGAAUGUUAGGAAAGAACAGAUUAUACUCUCCAAAAAUUCCGUCCCCACUGGAUCCCACAAAAAAUAGUUGGUACGCUCCUAAAAGGAGAUCUCACUUUGAGCACACCAACUGGAGCCCCAAAAUGCAGAAUGCCCCAGACAGCAUCCGCCAGGAAAUUGAAGAGGACCUCAGGCGUGAACAAGAGCUCCAAGAUCUGAGAGACUCUUUCUCAGUACUCACCUCAGCACCCAAGACUUCAGUGCCUACUUCCUCUGAACCCAGGUCUCCAUUAUAUAGUAGUGAGGAAACUGUAUUCUCACCACAAACUCCACAUGGGGACAUAGCAGAAGUGGAUUCUGUAAUUCCAGAAAAGAAGUCUGAUCAUGAUUACCCUUAUUCCUGGAGUCUGGACACUUUCUCUGUCUCUCGAUUAUCCAUGGCAGAUAAAAGUCUACAGUUGUCCUCACAACGACCCAGUUCCAGACUGCCCUCUAUGUCAAUUAUGACACCCCAGCCAUGGGGAAGCCAAAAACCUAUGUCCCCAACUGUUUCCCGAGCAACCCCCAUCAAGCCCUUGAGCACACUUGCCGAUGUGUCAUCACCUGUCUCCCAGAAAGGUCUGACUGAGACACUGCUAAAGGACUUUGAGGACAGACGUGUCAAACUGAAGCUGGAAGAAAGUGCAUACGCUGGGAUCCAACCUGUUGAUGCCGUAAACAACGAGGUUGUAGAGGCCACCCGUGUAACAAGACAUAAAAACCAACGAGCCCUGCAGUGGGAGGCGGGCAUGUACGCCAACCAGGAGAGCUAAUGAAUCAUCAUCGACACACCUGAAAUCAUCUUCAGACAAAGAUGACUUAAUAAUGGACUAGUAUGCACUUCCAGACACACUACUUGCGCCACCUCACAAUAUAAAGUCAAUGAACGUGAAACACGGAUGGGCACCUCAUUCACAGUUUUGCUGGCUGUUUAGAAUCAACUGGCAUGGUGGAAAUAGAGUUGGUGUGGGAGAGCAUCUUGCCUGCUUGGGGUGAAUUGUAUGCAUUUGCUUCUACAGAGAAGCUCACGCAAAUUCAAUAAUGAAAACUGUCUUUAUCUCUUUCUCCGCCCAGUAGAUUAACAGUAACAUUUAACUAUCAUCCUUUAUUCUUAUAAAAAUACACAUUUAUAAAAAUGAAAAUAAAACAUCAAACUGUAGUGCAGAUUAUUCAAUGACCUUCAUCAGUGCUUAAAUUGACAGGUCAGCUUGCUUUUUAUAUGAGGAAUAAAAGAAAUGCAGAAAAGUAUAAUUACAGAGCCAGGUUCUUAAGUAAUGAAGUGGUCUCCGUUUUGAAAUAAUGUUGAAUCUUGCUUUUUACUGAAAAAUGUAAAUUAUUAAUAGAAUAUUCAUUUUGUAUUGAAUUUUGAGGAUUCAAAAAGUUGCUCUGGAGAUUAUUGCAGUAUUGUAUAUGUGAUAUUGAGAAUUGUCUAUCUACUUAAAGAUUAUACAUUGUAAGUUAUGUCGUCAUCACUAGUAUUGAAACAAAGAGUUUUGUUUCAAUAAUUGUCUGGAUUAUCAAAAUUAACUUAAUAGGUGUAUUCUGUAAUCUAAUAAUAAAAAUAAUGAUAAUACACUAAUAUUCAAAAUAUUUAAUACAAUGCUUGAUUUUAGUAGAGAUGUUUCAUAUAGUCAAAAAUAUGUAUUACAUUUUUGUAGAAUAUAAGAUUUGCUACAAGAUUCAAGAGCCUGGAGAGUGAUUCCCAAACAAUGGUGCUGAAAAAAAUAAAAAAAUAAAAAAAAUCUAAUUGAUAUUAAUUUCAUGAUUUUUUUAUCACCUCUCACUUUUAAGAAAAUCAAACAUUAUGGAAAAGGAUAGGAAAUAGCGCUUUGUACAUCUGCUGAGUCAGUUUUACAAUCACAGUAUUAUUUUUUUAUUAUUUCCUUUUUUUUUCAACAUAAAUAAUGACUGACUUUAUAAGUAUAUGCUGAAUGUUUGGUGUUUAUGAAGGUGUACUUGAGCCUUAUUAAUUUGUUGGGACACUUAAGACAAAAAAAACGUUGGAAAACACUAGUCUAGUAAUUGUGGGGGAAAAAAGUUAGAUUAAAAAAAAAAACAAUCAAAUUAUACAUCUAUAAUCAGCCAAGAGUAAGAGCAAAACAACUGAUUGCCUCGACUUGUUUGCCAACUACUCCUAUGUUAACAAGUUCCACCAACAUUCUCCGACUAAUUUUGCACAGUCAAAAUCUGAAAAAAAAAAUGUUAUAUAUUUUCUUCACAUGGUCUCAGGCUCCAGUCCAUCUAAUGAAUACAUGUGCAAUAUUUCUGUUAAAUUCAUUCAAGUUAAAUGUGGUGGUUCUGUUGUUGUUGUUUUUGUUUCUUUGAAUGCCAGCACAUGUAUGACUAUGGCACUACAUCGCCCCCUAGUGAAUAAACUCUAUUAACAUGAUUUUUCUAAAUGCUUGCAACGCAAUUUGCUUAAUUGUUUGGUAAUUCAAUGGCAAUGUCAUACAUAUGUCUACACAACAGCAGAACGGAUUAAAUAAAGCCACAGACGCUAGACAAGA